AUGGAACAACCACAGAAGGUGUCGUCAAAGGGGCAUGACCUCGUCGCACAGAAGAGGGUCGCCGUUAUUGGCACAGGACUCGCUGGAUUGACCACGGCAUAUCUCUUGCGCAGUGAUGAACAAGAACGGUAUUCGGUGACGUUGUUUGAGCAGGCCGACCGCCUUUCUUUCGAUUCCGCCUCCGUCACCGUCAAGAAUGAAGAAACCGAAUUGACUGAGCGCAUCGACUUGCCCAUGCGCGCAAACGCUGGCGGCUACUACCAUCACCUACUGCGCAUGUAUCACCACCUUCGAAUCCCCCUGCACCCAACCCGCUUCCUCUUCGUCUUCGCAAAGGCAUUCCCUACGAACAGUGAUGGAACGAACCGACCCGACGAGAGCUAUUUUGUGCACGCGUCGAAUCUACACCAGAUGCCACCACCGUGGCCUGGAAAUCGCAGUGUCUUGGCCCACAUCAUCGAGAUCCUGUACCUGAUUGUCUGUCAAUUCUGGUUCACGCUGGCGUGCUUCCUUGUUUCCCCGCUGGAGGGACGCGCGACAUCAUCAGGAUACAGCGAGUCGCUGGCCGAUUACCUCGAGAGAAUACGAUUGCCUCGACGAUACAUAUCACAUUACCUACUCCCGCUGCUAAGCGGUGUGUCAACCUGCUCUCACGACGAGCUCCUUGCCUUUCCUGCGAGCGACAUUGUCAACUACAAAAAGCGCUCCCACGGGCAGCAGCACUACACGGUUUGCGGAGGCGUCUCGCAGGUGCAGGCAAGGUUGACCAAGGGCCUGGAGGAUGUGAAUCUAAACAGUCGGGUGAUUGAAGCUGUACCAGGUUCGGACGGGGAAUCGGUGAUUGUUCGCUGGCAAUCGACAGUCGACGGGUCAUCGCGCAUCGAGGAACAGGUUUUCGAUCGUGUGGUCCUUGCCGUGUCGCCGGAUGUUGCUGGGGCAAUCUUCAAGCCGCUGCGACCGAUGCUCCAGAUACUCCCUACCCGUCGCGUCGAGAGCACCGUCUUGAAGCCCCAGACCGGAGGAAAUAUGUGUGUAGUCAAGGACAGCGACAAGAGUGUCAAAUCCUGCAUGCAUCACCUCGCCGACACGUCGCCAUCCGAGACCAUGACGCUGAGGACGCUAUUCCCCAAGUCAGAUAGCGCCCGGACCGAGGCCCUGCACACGAUGCCAAGCCGAGUCGUCGUCAGCACAUGCCCCUUGCAAGAAGACCAAGAAUCGAAAGCCACCACCCUUCGCAGAGCGAGAUUCACAAGGACGCUGCGGAGCACCGAGGGCCAGGCCCUGGUGCAGCAGCUCGUAGGGGAAUCGAGGUCCGCCAAGAAGGAAGAUGACACGGCGGCUGCUUGGGUCAACGGGCAGGACAACGUCUGGUUGGCGGGGGCCUGGUGCUGGGACGGCAUGUUAGACGAAGCCAUCACAACGCCAGCUUUCGCAACAUCGAGAGAGGUUGUGGCCGUUGGCGAGAUACUUCAAGAUGGACUCAUCCUCGACUCAGGGUGGCUUUGCCACUGGAUUUAUCUGGGGCAUUGUUUUUACCAUAGUUAUUGCAGGGCUCAUUGGCACUACCAUUCUGCACAAGAGCGACAUUUACGGUCUGGGGCACUGGAAGCUCAACAUCAGAUCUCCCCCGCCGUCCAUGUGGAUGAACGUUGGAUACUGGCUUACAUUUCCAGGAAAACUCCCUCCGGCGAACCCAUCAAGGACUUCCACGAGUCCUCUGCAGCCUUGCUCAAGCAAGUCAUCGGCGCCGCUGGACUCCUAGACGAGGAACUCCUCGCAGCCGGAUCACGUGGAUCUCUUGCCAUUCUAGAUCUAGGCUUUGGCUGCGGCGAUCAAACAUGGGAACUCGCACGACUCGCCCAGUCACAGAACUGGGAUGACUUUCGCUACGUUGGUCUCACCCUCAACGAGGCCCAGGUUCAAACAUCACGACGAAAAAUCUACCGCGAGAUAGCCAACUCUGGCAACGAUGCUGGAGUAGUCACUGCUGAAUCUUUCAAGCUAUUUUGUGCAAAUGCUGCAAAGCCUGAAACGUGGACUCCUCAGGUGGCAGAUGCUGUCUACUCGUUGGCUGACGAGAGGUUCAACGAACGAUGGUUGCUCGCUCUUGAUUGUUUAUACCACUUCUCCCCAUCGAGGAAGCCCGUAUUUGAACACGCAGCCAGAGAGCUCGAUGCACAGUUCAUGGCAUUCGAUCUCCUUAUCAACGAAUCAGCUUCUGCCAUGAACAUCCUCAAAGCUCGUCUCAUCGGCAAGAUGAUGGGAUGUCCCCUCAAGACCUUCCUGACAGAGAAUGAAUAUCGAGAUCAGCUGGUUGAAUGCGGGUAUGACCGAAAGCUUAUAACUAUCAAGGAGAUUACCGAUGAUGUCUUUUCGGGACUGGUCAAAUACAUGGAUCGACAGGAUGAGUUACUCGCAGAAUACGGAGUGUCUCUGGGUGGUUUCAAACUAGCCGGGCGGUUGUUCAACUGGUUUGAUAGGACGAGAGUUGUGAGGGCCGUCGUCGUGGUAGCCCGCACAAAGGAUAAGACACGCUAG